CCUCGAAAUUUAAUACUAUUGGUAAGAGGUUGUUCGAUAAGCUUGAAGAAGAUUAUGGGUUGGAAGGCGUAUUUGGUGAUGAUUUGAUAGGCGAAGAAAUAAAAGGCUUAGAUCUACAAUUUUGCUAUAAAGGAAAGUGGCGAAACUUAGAUGGUACCGAAUUAUGGAUGCAUAAAGUAAAAAUUAUCUUUGGAUUUACUCCCAGAACCUAUGAACACCACAAUAAAAUUGUAAUAGAUGGUAUGAGUAUCCCAUUAAUCAAAGGAGGUAGCAGCUUCACAGGUAGCUCUUCAAGUUAUAAAGCCAGCUCCUCUAAAAAUAACUUACCUAAGUCCGAUUUAUCAAAAGAGGAGAUCACAAAUAUAAUCAAGAAACUUCUUUCAAACACCAAAGAUAAUAAAUACCAAAAGAGCAAUCAUGGGAUAUUUCACAACAUAACUCCUAUACCUCCACCAUUCAGAAGAUUAAAUGAUGAUAUACCUAAAAAUAGCAGAGCUAGCAAGAAUAAGAAAUAUCCUAAAGUAGAUUUAGGUGAUGGGUGUGAAAAACUUUCAUUAAAAACGCACCUCAAUAAUAUUUGGAAGUCAGUUCAUUCUAUAGAAGAUGAUACAUAUUAUGGGAUUUUUAAAAGACUUUUCAAUAUUGAGAAUGAACUGAGAUGUGGAAAGAUAGAAGAAUUGGUACGGUUAAAUGAUAAUGAGUCAGGUCCUUCUAAUUCUCGCUUACGUCAAAAUAAAAGCAAGAAAUGUGAAGUCAAGUAUUCCACAGAUUCGGAUACUGACACUUCUGAUACAAGCACUUCUUAUUCUCCCAAUUCAGGUCCGGAAGGUGUAU